AUGUCCGCCCGCACAAUACGAAAGCCGCGACGACCAGCCCCGGAGAUCACCGAUGCUGCCAUGCAGCAUGCAGCUGCUGCAGCUGCAGCUUCCCGAGCAAUGCGCUCGAGUCAAAGCUCAUCCCAAGAGUCGAAAACCCCGUACGAACGACUAGGUGGUCCAGGAAAUGUUGCCAUUCCCCGAAGGCGUCCGGGAUCGAGCCUUCGAAGCACGGAUGAUAGCACAUCGGCCAGCCAAGGCGACCUACCUAAAGUUUCAAACGCUCGUCGGUCAAAGGAACUGACCGGCGCAUCGGCCCGGGCCCAUUGCUUCGAUGACCCUGCUGCUCUUCCGCCAAUCACAGAACUCCAAGGACUUGAUGGACGAGACAGCUCAGUGCCAUCUUCAUAUCGCCGAUUGCGCAAGGCCAAGUCAAUGUUCUCGACCAGACAGCGAACCUCACAGGCUCCAUAUGGAGUACCUGCCCUUCCUUGCGGUGAUCCCCUUGAUCCCGAGCGCAGUCCUGGAUUUCAGAUGCCACGAACAAUGAGGCGAUCCAUGUCUUUUCUUCGAGGAAGUUAUCAAUCCCACCAAGUUGAUUCAACUCCAACAAGUCGCGAAGCAGCUAUUCAGCUUGCCCGUAGCCAAUUUGCCCAUGAUUCCGACGGUAGAGGUGUUCAGACUCGCCGGUCAUCUUUCUUGCUCAGACGCAGGAAGGAGCACAGGCCGUUUCGAAAAUCAUUCCGAACCACGAGCGAAGGUGGCUUUGCCGACAGGCGUACCGGGUAUUCUUACAAAUCUCGGUCUUUUUCAACUUCCAUCAAAAAUAAAUUCAGACGUGUGUUCGGGUUUUCCAAGGUCGGGGAUCAACAAACUGUACCACAUGGUAACCCAAAUAGCGCUAUGGAGCCUACGGUAACUCCGAUUGAGAAAAUCACGGAAGGAUCCUCUCCUCACAAAUUUACAGCUACUGAAGAUGGCAACGAUGGCAACGAUUCCAACUAUUUCCAGUCAAUGCCCCAUUCUCCCGGCCGCGAUAGUCUCUGCACUUCCAAGUCACGCUUACAACCCGGAAGCCAGGACAUCGCCAAUCUCUCUUUGAUUAGAGAGGAUGGGAAUCUGAAUCAGCAAAUACCACGGACGCCUACAAUGGAUGAUAUCGAAAAUCAAUCCCCUUUGGGCAUGCGAGCAAACAAUCAUCGAAUUAGCAUUGUUGACAGCCAAGAUCUGUACACUGCGUUGAUGAAACAGAUGGGCCAACAUUCUUUGUCUGAUCCCAACGAGGAAAUGGUCUUCGGCAAUGUAUCGCAGCAUCGUGUGAUACCAGAACGGACUAAUUCGGUCUACUCCCAACAUGGCAAACGCACUAUCCGUCAUGUCCCAAGCCGGGAAUCCUCGGCCUCACCUGGUUCAUUCGCAACAGCACGUGGUGGUGAUCAAUCAAGUCCACGGAAGUAUCCGCGCUCGGCUAGGUCAAUGCAAGUUUCUCGGGGCAUAUCGUCUCAGGUGACAAACCAACAUACGACUACUGUUUCAGAUAAAAAGUCGCCGCCAUCAACACACGCUUUGGGCGAGGAAUCGGAUGAUGAUAGUGGUAGUGUUAUUGUUUCUCGCCUUCGGGCCUCGAAAAGGGAUAUUGUUUCCCCAAGUAUCUAUUCCCGGACCACCAGUGGCAACACCCCAACCAGAACUGACAAUGCCGACAUGGGCGUCCAUGAUGAGCCAGGAACAGCGACUAUCUUUACUCCACAGCGGACAACAUACAGCUCACCCAAGCGCGCUAAUCGGGUUUCAUCUCCCACGACUCAGGUGAAUCCCAGUGCAGACUGGCAGCAAUGGAUGAGUUCACAGAUCGAAAGAAUUGAACAGGCAAGCCCCGCAAGGGAACACAUCAGAGAAUAUGCACAAUACCAGGACGAUGAUGAGUACUUGACCGGCAUAGCUCGACAGGCUCCUGUCGCUAUCUCGGCUCCUGCUUCAGCAGCUCUGCUAAAUAUUCCAGACAGCCAAAGUAUCACCGAUCGCAAAGCUUCGGUUGAGAACAAAGUCCCAUCACAGAGCAAUUUCUCCCGUCCGUUAAUACAGGCUUCCGGCAUGCGAACCAUCCUGCCAUUGCAGACAAACCAGUCAGAAAAUAUGGUACAGACCCGCGCUAACUCAUUGGCCAUGGAUACCGCUGUUGAUUCUGGUGAAAAUCCUUCACUCAAGCCCAUCCCCAUUGCUUACAAUCAAGAACCCUCACCAAUUCGACUAAGAUCUGGAAACAUGCAGCCGCCAGAGUCCCCAACCCCCAAGAGAGUUGGAGCAAAACGGUCCUGGACCAAAGAGCAGCAGCGACGCUAUUCAGCUAGGCGUGCUCCAAUCUCCCAAGAUAAUAGGAUUAAUUAUUUCCGGUCCAUGCGCACCCAACGGGACAACUGUGCAAACAAUGAGAACGCAAGGGAGCAGGCUCAGUACAAUGACAUUAUGGAGAGUUACCACCAACUUGAGGACAUUCAUUCCACGAUCUCUAGCAAGCGCAUGGUGGAUCUGUUCUUGGACAGUCGCCGUCGACAAAUGGGUGAAGUCACUGACAAUGAUACAACCACAGAGGCUUUUCUUUGA